AUGGAGUCUAAUCUGAAUCUUACGCUGUUAACCAUCCAAGACGUUGUCUGCAAAACUUCGUCAGCCAGAACAGCGGUUUAUUGGACACUUUAUGUCACCAUUGUACUGACGACGGCUUCCUCAAUUGUGCUGACACUACUGCUUAACUACUCACUAAUGCGGCUGCAAGGCGCAAACGUCGGUACCGGCUUCGUCAUAGCCAAUCUGGGGCUGUUCUUCUCUGUCUGCCUGCUCAACAUAUGUGCAGGCAUCCUGCCGCUAACUCUAGAUCUGCACGUGACUACAUUUUCCCUUAAUAGUGGUACAAAUUAUUAUCUUCUCGCCAAUCUGUACAAUAAUGUAGAAGUUGUAAGCCAGUACACUCGUCUGCUGCGCGGCUUUCUUUUUGCCUGCAUCCCAUUCUCUGAGUACAUUCUGGUCCGCUUCUGCAAGCUUCUCGAGACCCCAGCAUUGAUGGUUUCAUGCAGUUAUGCGAUUUUCGGAAGUUAUGCCGUUGUCAUGGCACCAUUGUGUUUCCUCUCCAGCGACAACAAACGCUUCUCCGUGUGUAGAGGCCCGUUUGGAGGAACAUACAUUGUGCAGCAGGUUGUAGACUCGAAAGCUUGGACCAGAUUUAUUCUAGUCAAGAUGUUAGAGUUCGCCUUGACAAUCCCCUUCGGGGUAGCCUGCAGAUUACUGACCCUGAUAUAUGCCUAUCGCAUAGGUACCAAUGUUGUCAGCCCGACAGGUCGGCUGUCUUUUCUCAAGACUCAGACGUAUUCCCUCAUAGUUAUGAUUGCCGGUUAUGCUUGUCUACUAUCAUUUGAGGUGGUUUUUGAGGGUCUGGAGCUGUUUUCCAACGGCUACCAUGGAUUGGCCUUUAUUUUUCGAGCCUUUACGGACAACCUUCUGCAAAUAGUUUUCAUUCUUAUCGCUAGUUCGGAGUUGUCAUUUCAGAAGGUCAUCACCUCCAGCAGGGAGGAGAAUAGAGUCUUCCUCAAUUUGGCUGCCUCUGUGGAAGCUGGCCUGGAAUGGCUAGCACGCAGACUCGGCUGGGCAGAAUGCCUGGUGCCUUAUUAA